UGAAGGUCAGCAAUGCAGCUCUGAUAUUUUCUAAGUCCCUAACUCAAAGUUGCAAACUUCGUGGUCUAAGAGUUCGGAGUUGUCGACGCAAUGGCUGCUAUGCCGGAGUAUCUUUGGUUUGUGAUCGUUGGGGCGUUUGUAGCUUUCGCCUUCGGGUGGGGUAAUGGUGCCAAUGAUCUGGCAAAUGGCUUUGCCACAUCUGUGGGAAGUAAAACCUUAACUAUGGGUCAGGCUGUUCUAAUUGCGAUAGUUUUCGACUUCUUGGGAGCCAUCCUUUUGGGCCGAGUGGUGACGUCCACGAUCGCAAGUGGAGUUGCUGAUCUGAACAGCUUUCUUGGAAAUCCUGAGGUGUAUGCUUAUGGGAUGAUCUGUGCCUGCACGGCUGGCUCAUUCUGGCUGGCGGUGGCAUCUCGAAUUGGAGUUAAUGUCUCUGGGACUCAUUUCAUCGUCGGUGGCAUCGUGGCAUUCUCUUUGAUUUGGGAUGGCAAGGACGCCAUCAUUUGGGCAGAAAGAGACAACUCCAUCGAUGCAUUUCCUUACAAGGGAGUGGUCUCCAUUGCUACAUCUUGGAUCAUGUCUCCAAUCUUGGCUGCUGCGGGUUCAGGGCUACUCUUUUUAGCCCUCCGAACACUGGUUCUGCGACGCAAAAACGCUUACAAAGUUGCAUUCUGGACUUUGCCACCUACCAUCUUCUUCACUGUGUUCGUCAACAUGUACUUCAUCUUCACGAAGGGAGCCAAGAAGCAGAUGGACAAAGAUGGCGUUCAUUGGUCAUACUCCAAGACGGCGUGGAUUUCUGCUAUCAUAGCAGCAGGUUCAGCUAUUGUGUCUGCAAUCACUGUCGUUCCGUUCUUAUACAGGAAGAUGAAUGCCACGUUCGACAGUGAAGGUAACCGUAUCGGGGAAUUCGACUUAACUGCGGGAGUGGAUAGCGAGAACCAAGGAAAAGUUGUGGAGUCUGAGGAGAAGACGACACAAGACAAAGCACCUCUAAGUUUCGGAUCCAAGAUUUGGAAAGUGAUAUCUCAUGGAUGGACGCAAGAUAUCCACAACGUGGUCAACACAAACCAAACGGUUGGAGACAUCCACAAGCACGCAGAGGUUUUCGAGCCAAGAGUGGAAUAUGCCUUCAUGUAUCUUCAAGUUUUCUCAGCUAUCUGUGUGAUCUUCUCACAUGGAGCUGGAGAAGUAGGGUACGCAGCUGGACCUAUGUCCAUCAUCCUUCAAGUAUAUGAAGACGGGAAGCUGACGAAGAAUGUGCAACCUAAGAUGUGGGUCGUUGUAUUCGGAGGACUCGCUUUGAUCUCCGGUCUGGCUACUUAUGGUUACCACACCAUGCGCACAAUGGGAGUGAAGCUUGUGAAGAUCACCCCUACUCGUGGAUUCUGCGCCGAGCUCGCAACCGCAAUGGUCGUCAUGGUUGCAUCUCAGUAUGGUCUUCCUCAAUCUGGAAGUCUGGUCAUUGUGGGUGCCAUUGUUGGUGUUGGAUUGGUCGAGGGAUCCAAGGGUGUGAACUGGAAGCAGUUUGGCAUACAAGUGGUAGGAUGGGCUGUCAGCACAGUCGUGGUGGGACUCACAGUCGCUGCACUCUUCGCACAGGGACUUUACGCGCCCUCUGCCAUCGACGCGAAAGCUGUGAUCUCCUACAAGACGGAACUAGCCAGCAUCUACACUCAAUGGUACAAGGAAUUCAACACAACCCUUCAAUCUUACAAGGAAGCCAGUGCUGCCGGAGUCCUUGACCGUUUACCCAACGCUACAUGGGUCGAGCUCAACGCUACUCUCGCCAAAAAUGCCAAGGCUGCCAAGGACUUGGGUGACUUCAAGAAAUACGCUGCUAAGAAGCCGGCAGCCUACAUCAAUUCGCUGAACACUCUGUUUGCUCUUUACCAAGACAACAGCAUUCUUACGAUCGGGCAGAACGACGUAUACAACGGGUCUCUGACGUGCAAUAGUAAUAUCAUCGCAGACAUAGCAAAUGGUACACGAGUCGCUUGUAUUGCUCCGAAGCUUGCCGAUCCAGGGACCAAGUUUAAGUAAGCCUUGAAGCAAACUAUGUGAGAGCACAUGACCCACAGGAGGCUUGGAGAUCUGGCAACGGAAUUCCACAUAUGUUCAACAUUCUUGGCAGUUGUAUAUAAGUCAGAAAAUUCCUGUAUUACUUUUGAAUUAUAUUACAUAUUCGAGAUGGGCUUGCAAGACAUGUACAAUGUCUGCGAAGCACGUAGGUACUCUGAUUUAUUCUCAAAUUGCCUUGAAAGUUUCGGACUCGUUUCGGACUCGUUUCAAAAAUAUAGUUGCCGUAUAGUUUUGCCCGUGUUUGAGCAUGGGCUAGACUAGCUGAAUCUUUCAUCGCCACAACCAACAAAUGUACCAGAAGACAGAAGCAUCUCUCUCUUCUCCAUUGCAAAUAGGAUCAGUUCAUGAAAUUCAAUCUCU